AUGUUCCAGAACAUGACCAACUGCCCCGACGGUGUCCCAGAUCCUUCCGCGCUCCCCAUGCCAUCCAACAUAACCUUUGCAUACGUCGCAUCCAACGAUACUAGCAAUUCAGCGCUUGUGGCAUGCUGCGAGACGAACCCGAUCAGCAUCGCCGAGAGCUGUUUUGCGUGGUGCGAGGCUCCACCAGCAUUGGCUUCAGAGCAGAACUUUUCGGAUUGUCUUAGUAUCAACGAGCACAAUGGCAGCCGAUGGAGGCACGGUAUUCUGGGAUUUCAUGAGAAAGAGAAUGGGGUUACGGUCACGAGCCCGGCAAUGAGCUUGUUCAUGCUGGGCAUCUGGGUGUUGGCGCUCUUCCAAUGA